UGGUUGGAAUGCUUGAAAUUGUGUUGUGCCAUUAAGUUUUUUUUUUUGUAUUCUCAAGCCCCUCAAACCCUGCCUGUGGAAUCUGAAGAUGUUUCAGUUUGACCAGGUACCACUGCUGUGACGAUGCCUGGCCGCGGAGCUGGCCGGGGGCGAUCGGCCCCAGCCUGGGGCGGCGCCGGGCGGGGACGGCCCGCUCCUGCCUGGGGCGGCGCCGGACAGAAGCAGUCGCAGAGGCCCGCCGCCGUCCCCGCCGAGCCUACGCAGAGGCAGACGGAGCGGCGGUUCGCGGAGGCGUGCGCGCAGAUCCGGGCGGCCUCGGAGAAGCACGUCAGCCAGUACCAGCUGUCCGACUCGGAGGACGAGCAGGAUGACGUGGAUGACGACACCAGGGAGCAGAUCCUGGGCCGUCUUUGUGACCGGUACGUUGCCGACGACAAAAGUGCGCUGGGAAACACGUCCGAAUAUCUUCAGCGAGCGCUAAAUGCGGAGGCGAACACAUGCCUUAUCUGUAUUGGCUCCGUGAAGCGUACAGACCCGCUAUGGUGCUGCUCUGGCUGCUGGGUGGGCUUCCACCUGCACUGUGUUCAGACGUGGGCGCGCGACAGCAUCAGCCAGCAGCAGCGUCGGCUGGAGAGUGGCGACGCCAAAACGGAGGUCCUCCAGUGGCAUUGCCCCAACUGCCGGCGCCCGUACGGCCGGGACCAGGUGCCCAGUCGGUACCGCUGCUACUGCGGUAAGACGCCCGACCCGCCGCCCGACCCGUGGCUGCUACCGCACGCCUGCGACCAGCGCUGUGAGCGACCGCUGCGUCCCGAGUGCGGCCAUCGCUGCCUGCUGCAGUGUCACCCAGGCCCGUGCCCACCGUGUCCUGUCACGGUGAGCACCCGCUGUCACUGCGGCCGGUCAGGACCCGAUACCCGGCGCUGCGGCAACAAGGUCUGGUCGUGCCGGAAGCCGUGCGGCCGGACACUCGACUGCAACACACACCCGUGUCGGGAGCUGUGCCACCCGGGCGAGUGUCCGCCCUGUCCAAAGACCAGUCGACAGCCGUGUAAUUGUGGACAGAAGACGGAGCUGAGGCCGUGCGCCUCCCCGCGCUGGCAGUGUGAGAAGGUCUGCGGUCGGCCGCUGUCAUGUGGCCACCACCGCUGUGAGCGAGUCUGUCACUCGGGCGCCUGCGGCCCCUGCGAGCGCGCCGGUCCGCGGCGCUGUCCCUGCGGUCGUACAGAACUGGAGGCGCCCUGCCACCAGGAUGUGCCGCCGUGUGGAGAUACCUGUGACAAGUGGCUGGCGUGUGGCGUACACCGGUGUGCCCAGCGCUGCCACACGGGCGCCUGCGGACGGUGUUUGCAACUGCGAGUGAAACGCUGCCGCUGCGGACGGAAAGAGAAGGAACUCGUUUGCGACAAGGAGUUCACUUGUGACAUCAAAUGUAAACGUCUGAAGGACUGUGGCAAGCACACCUGCAAUAGAAAGUGCUGCACGGGCGACUGUCCGCCGUGCGAACUGAGCUGUGGCCGAACGCUGCCGUGCGGCCAGCACAAGUGCAGCUCGCCGUGCCACCCGGGCCCGUGCUACCCGUGCGGUCAGACGGCCGAGCUGCGCUGUCCGUGCGGCGCCACGCGGCUGACGGUGCCCUGCGGCCGGCAGCGGGGCGCCCGGCCGCCGCGCUGCCGCCACCCGUGCCCGGCGCCCACCGACUGCCACCACCCGGCGCGACCCCGCCAUCCGUGCCACGCCGGCGACUGCCCGCCGUGUUCACUCACCUGUGGCCAGCCGCUGCCCUGCGGCCGCGGUCACAGCUGCCCGCAGCCCUGUCACGACCGGGUCCAGCAGCGCUUCGUCAGCCAGAAGAAGGCGGCCACGCCCUGGGAGAAGACGGAGGACCGGGUGGUGACGGUCAGCCUGCCCUGUCCGCCCUGCCAGGCUCCCGUGUCGACACCCUGCCUGGGCGGACACGCUGAGUAUCCGAUGCCGUGUACGGAGGCGCGGCCCCAGUCUUGUGGCCGGCCCUGUGGACGGCUACUACUCUGCGGCAACCACCGCUGUCAGCAGCUCUGUCAUACGGUGGAGGGUGCUCCGGAUAGUGAGACGGCUGGCACCACGUGUGACGUCUGUGAAGCGGCCUGUAGCCGGGACCGGCCGCCGGGCUGUCAGCACGCCUGUGAGCGCGGUUGCCACGCCGAGCCGUGCCCGCCGUGCCGGCAGCACCGCCGACUGCGCUGCCACUGUCAGCUGGGGGUGCUCCAUGUGCGCUGCCACGAGCUGAGCGAGGCAGACGAGCAGCAGAAGGAGCGGCUGCUGUGUUGUGGCAACCCCUGCCCGCGCACGCUGGAGUGCGGCCACCGGUGCGCCGCCGUGUGCCACCCGGGUCCGUGCCCUGCCCCCGAGGGCGGCUGCGCCACGCGUCUGAAGCAGCGCUGUCCGUGCGGCCGGCGGGCGCAGACCACCGCCUGUCGGGAGCGGGCGCCACCGCCCGACUGUGACGACAAGUGUCGGGAAGUCGCCCAGGCAAAGGAGCAGGAGCGUGCGGCGCGCGAGGAGGCGGCUGCCGCCGAGGAGGCCGCCCGCCAGCAGCAGGCUGUCGAGGAGCUGGAACGUAAACUGACCGGCGGAAGGCGCAAGGAGCGCCGCGGCCGGCGGCAGCAGACGGCAGAGCCCGAGCCGUCCUCGGCCGGCCGCUGGCUGCUGCUGGCCGCCGCUGUAGCCGUCCUGGCCGUCACCGCCGGCCUGCUGCUGUACCAGUGAGCCGGUCAGCGGGGAAUCGCCUGUACUGAUCAGUGCGGCGCACCCUGUAUCAGUGAGACAGACAGCUCGGAACCUCCUAUACUGGUCAGUGCGGCGUGCCCUGUAUCGGUCAGCGCGGAUGCUGGGAAGUCCAAUUAUCCCACACUGGUGGCAUGUUUAAUAGAGCAAUCUUGAUUGGUUGGUACAGCCCGGGUUGGAUAUGCUGCAUCAGCAUAUUCCUUUGUAGCCCAGCUGAUCCAGUGUUGUGACACAAGGGACUGAUUUUAGGCCAAUAGCCCUUAUUUAGUAAGGCGUGGACAUUGCAUUCGAAUCAUGACUACAACAGUGAACAAACUGAGCUGAUUUGGUCCCAUUUAUUGAUGGGCGGACCACCAAGGUUAAGGAGUUCAUUGUUUCGGGCUUGUGCCGAUAGUGGCUCGUAUCGAUGCAAAAUGCAAAUGGUGCACCGGGGUAGGGGAUUGCCCAUUGGACCUCUGGAGGAUCGUCCUUAGGUGCUGGUGCCGGUCCCUUAGGAGCUGCUCACUUACGGCCGCCCCACACUGGACCUCGCAUGCGGGUUGCGAGUUUGCGGGUUUUGAGUUUGCGGGCAUAAUACUAAUUCAUAGAGUGAUUAGACGGUUCCCUUAUGGUAACUUUAUGAAUGCAAUAAAGCCUGUACACCUUCAGAAAAUUACAUAUGUAUAGUCGCAAUACCAGCGCAACGAACCAAAAUUCGACUCCAACGAAAAACCCGCAAAGCUCGCAGAACUCGCAGACCUCGCAGCAAGGAAAAUCGAAAGUUGACUCAAAAAUAACUUUUGGAAUGCGAUGCAGGGUCGCUCGCAAGCUAAAAACAUGCAGACUCCCUUGUUAGAUGGUAUGGUAGUGUGGGUCACUCAGCUUAGAUUGUACUAUUUGAUUUUGAGGAAACCCGAAAACCCAAAAACUCGCAACCCGCAUGCGAGUUCCAGUGUGGGGCGGCCUUUACACUACAUGACAGGGUCACUUGGUCAGUGGCUGUCUUUGUUAUAAUUUCCAAAGUUUGGUUGCAGAGUUACAUUGUUGUGCAUUUUACGCUAAUAUUUAAGUGAUAGUUUGGGUGUUAGCGGGUUUUGUUGCGUUGUCUUUACUCUGGGUUGUUUUCUACUUUGACUGAGCUUACGGUAUAUUGGCUAGUUCAUCACUGUGUUGUCCCGAACUGACCUGAACGUUCCUUGGCCUACCGGGCGGCGAUUCUGGUCCAGUAGCCCCACAGGUGUAAUUAAUUGACCAACUGGGAAUGUUUUAUGGGAUGGGUUGGUGAUAGAGGGUGUGCAGAACGGGGCUCAGCUAUAGAUAAUGUGAUUUGGUGUACAGCAUCUGAAGUGCUUUACAAUUUGGUGAUCCUUUGUUCUGCAUUGGGGCAUGAACCCGCGGGCGGAUUAGUGUUAAAGGGUUGCUGGGCUGGACUGGUAUCUGACCAGAUUGGGUCAGUUCGGGCUGGUUUGUGAUAGUGGGUUGAUCUCCCGGCAUCACCGAUAGCCCGGCUCUGGGGUUUGUCCCAUCCGAGCUGAAUGCACCACUCUCACUGGCUGCUGCCGGGAGGUGUGUACAAUACACCUGCACACCGCU